CGGAAGUUGUUGCUCUCACAUGAGAAGGGAAAAGAAGCUAACGGCGAGGAUUAAACUGUAACGUUUAUGGUCAUACUCAUCGAGCUCCUCGUCCAAACGGAAUGUGUAGCAUCUGUUGUCAUCACUUUUGGGUUUGUUCCUUAACGCGAUGCGCAGUAAAAGAUUGUAAUGCCGCAGACAGCUGGUAGUUUCUUGGAAAAGGCAAAGAUACGUGCAGAAAAAGAGGUGUGACGACCACAGCUGACAUCAGGGAGCCCUGCUGCUGGCCAGUCUGCGUGGCCAUUUGAGUAUAUGUGCUUCUGGUUUUGUAUGUUAAUGAGCGAGUGGCAUAGAAGCUGGGGAUUGUAAGGUGAUGCCAAAAUGCUGCUGUCUCUGGGAAUGCUGAUGCUCUCCGCCACCCAGGUUUACACCAUCUUCACCGUCCAGCUUUUCGCCUUCCUCAACCUCCUGCCAGUGGAGGCCGACAUCACUGCUUACUCCUUUGAUAACAAAACCGAAACCUUCGACGACAUGCCUGCUCGGUUCGGCUACCGGCUCCCCAGCGAUGGACUUAAGGGUUUCCUGAUCGGUGCCCGACCUGAAAAUGCGUGUGAGCCCCUCGACCCGCCUCCCAGGGAAAACUUGACGGGCGCCUUCAUCGUCCUCAUCAAGCGAUACGACUGCAACUUCGACAUGAAGGUCCUCAAUGCACAAAAAGCUGGAUAUAAGGCAGCCAUUGUUCACAAUGUGGACUCUGAUGACUUAAUCAGCAUGGGAUCCAACGAUUUGGAUGUUCUGAAGCAGAUAGUUAUUCCCUCUGUAUUUGUGAGUGAGCUGACCGCCAAUGCUCUCAAAGACGACUACAUGUACGACAAAGGAGGACACCUGGUCCUGAUCCCAGACUUCAGCCUGCCUCUGGAGUACUACCUGAUCCCCUUCCUCAUCAUAGUGGGGAUCUGCCUCAUCCUCAUCGUUGUUUUCAUGAUCACAAAGUUCGUCCAGGAUCGACGCAGAGCUCGGAGAAGUCGUCUGAGGAAGGAUCAGCUGAAGAAACUUCCCAUCCACAAGUUCAAGAAAGGGGAUAACUAUGAUGUCUGUGCCAUCUGCCUGGAUGAAUAUGAGGAUGGAGAUAAACUCAGAGUCCUGCCGUGCUCUCAUGCCUAUCACAGCAAGUGUGUGGACCCCUGGCUGACCAAAACCAAGAAGACGUGUCCUGUGUGCAAGCAGAAGGUGGUCCCCUCUCAUGGCGACUCGGAUUCGGAUUCAGAGGAGGGGGACAGCGGCCCCGACGAGAACGAGGUGUCCGAGAGCACGCCCCUGCUGCGCUCCCAGGCCUCGACCAGCGCCCACUCCUUCGGCACCAUGUCGGGUGCGUCGCGCUCGGAGCAGGACUCCUCCGAGUACGACGACGACGAGCUGGACAGCAGCGACAGCGAGGAGGAGGUUACCGUGGAGACAGUUGUGGUGCAGAUGCAGCAGCCGAGCUCCGACGAGCACGACUUACCGCGAGCUUGACUGGCACCCUCAUAUCUGCAGAGACUUUAUGGGAAAACAGAUCCAUCAUCUCUGUUCUUCUGUCACUGCUUACAUUAGGCUCCUGUCCUGUGUAGGAGUUCAGACAUGUUUUAACCUGAGAGAACCCGACUACAGUAGACUGCUACACUGUAUUUAUUCAUGGAAAAGAGCCAUGAAAAGGGUCCUGCUGCCCUCACCAUGCCUGACAGAGAGCAGCAUAGAUAUUGUCUGUUUAUAUAAAGUAUAAAUCACAAGAAGCUCCAUAUUAACCUUUGAUUAUCUUCAGUCCUACAUGUAUAUACAUAGAAGCACAUUGACAUGAACUGAACCACUAUGCAGCACUCACAGCGUUUCAGCUCAGCAGUACUGUGUUGCCAUUUUAUUUCUAGCCUGAUGUUUGCGGGAGUUUAGACACCGACGUCUUUUGUGCCACAGUUUUUCUGUUACCACUGACUGACAUGGAGUGAAGCACAAGUCAGUCUGGAUCGACAGACUGAUUUAAGGCAAAAAGAAAAAAGAAUGUGCUUUCUAUGAUGCAUCACAUUUUGUUUUGUGUUACAAUGUUCUGCACUCCCUGUGGUACAUAUUUUGGCUGCUGCUUUUUUUUUUUUUAUAAACCUGGUUAUGGACUCAUACUGAUAUGUUUUGUAGGAAAAGUGCAGGAUUAUCCUGUUUAAUUCAUAAAAUAAUUCCUGUUGCCUUUUUAGUUGUAUUUUUGUCCUGUUUUCUUCCUGCUCAUGUACAUUUGUUCUCAACAAAUCAUGUCAAUAAAUAACCCCGAACUACAAA